AUGGACUUCAAUCUGGCAAACAACCGCGCCUACCCCCUCGCCCGCACCACCGCGGCAUCUACCCGCCUAAACUACCAAUUCUACCUGUGGAAAGACUCCCUCGGCUUCAACCUGCAUCCAACCAUCGCCGCCUCCCUCGAAACCCAAACACAAAGCCCACUAUGUAUCGCCGAUAUCUGCACCGGAACCGCGAUCUGGCUCCUCGACCUCCUCCCCUCCCUGCCCCCUACUGCAACACUCGAGGGCCUCGACAUGAGCCUAUCCCUCACCCCACCAGCCCCCUGGCUCCCCGCAAACCUCACUCUCCGCGAAUGGAAUCUCAAUGACGACAUCCCUGAAGACCUACUAGAGAAAUACGACGUCAUCCACCUCCGCCUCCUGGUCCUCGUCGUGCAGAAUAGCGAUCCCUGCCCGAUAAUCCGAAAGGUUACGCGGAUGCUCAAACCAGGGGGCUGGAUCCAGUGGGACGACUACAACUACCAGGGUACACACGUGGUCAAAGUGGAUGAAGGUCUGGAAACACCCGCGCUCGAUCGCCUCUGCGCAUUCUUGUACGCAAGCGGGCGACAGGAUUGGGUCGUCGAGCUUCCGGGGAUUCUGGAAGCGGAGGGGUUAUUCGAGCACACGCAGAUCUUCCAUUAUCGGCCAAGACGGGAGAUGGCUAGGACAAAUGGGGAGUUGCAUCUUGCGACGAUUGAGGAGUUUGCGAGGAGGUUGGGGGAGGAUGGGAAAGGGAGCGAAGGGGAGGAGUUGCUGGGGCUUGUCAGACAGGGUGCAGAGGAGGUUGAGCUGGGGGCUGCCAUGUCGACGCCGAGGGCUGUUACUAUUGGGCGGAAGUUAAGGGUGUGA